ACUCAGCGCAACCACCAAAACCAUAUGUCGUUGUCCUUUUUUUUUCGGUCAUAUAUCGCCUUCAGCAUCCUCCCGAGUCUCGUAAAAAACCGCCAACCUCUGCCCAGAAUUCAUUUCCAGCUGCUUGCCUAGCCAGUUUGAUCCUUCCUCAAAAAUGUACUUUUUCUCCCUCCUUCCCCUCCUCAUCACAGCCACCACCUCCUCCCCUUCCCCGGGUGGCCAAGUCCUUCCCCGACAGUCCUCCCCACCCCCGACCAACCCCUCCUUCAUCUCGACCAUCCUCGCCACAGCCAACGCCUACCGCUCCGCCCACGCCGCCCGCCCGCUGACCUGGGACGCGAACCUCGCCGCUUUUGCGUUGCAAAAGGCGAAUGGAUGCCGGCUUAACCAUGCCGGCCCAUACGGCGAAAACGCCUACUGGUCAUGGUACUACCCGCCUACGCACCAACCUGAUUUUACAGCGGAGAUAGGCUGGGCGUUUGAGGUCUGGAACUCGCAGGAGGAGAUUGAUGCUUAUGUUGCUGGGGACUUGCUGGGGGGAGCGCACUUUACGCAGACGGUUUGGAAGGCUACGGAGAGGGUUGGGUGUGCUUUUAGCGGGGAGAGGUGCGUGGGGAAUCCGGAUCAGGAAUGGUGGUUUUAUUGUGAUUUUUGGCCGAGGGGGAAUGUGAGGGGGUGGUAUGGGGGGAAUGUUACUGUUUGA